AUGGAUCGCAUCAUGGAGACCUGCAGGCUACCUGCACACCCGCCCACUUCCUCCUCCACUCCCAACACCUUUACCAAGGACGACGGACUGAAAGCGUUUCUGCCUUCAGGAUUCUCAACCAUGGAAGAAUAUCUCGUCUGCCUCAAAUCCUUCCUCUCCGGCUGCGAGCCUGUCACAGAUCUAAUGAUUGUCGACUACUUUACCACAAACUCCUGGGAGACCCGGAUGCCUCAGAGUUGGCGGGAAGCCUUUGAGUGCCCACAGGGGAAACUGAGCUCGUUGGAUCUGAUGCGCCUUGUCAGUUUGGGACAUUUGAGGGAUUUCAAGGAACCUGCCGCAGGAACUUUGGGGGAUCCAUUGGCGUUUGAUGGUAGCGGCAUCCAGGACUGGCCAGAGUCGUUGAAGGAUUUUGUGAAGAUGGUUAAGGCCCUUUCGAUUAACCGGACCCUGGAUCCGGAUUACGCAAAGUUCAAGGAUACACUGGACAUCCACCUAAUCCCCGGCAUGUCGCCCAAGAAACUGCACGAAGUCGAGAUUCUGAGUGGACUGAUGGCCUCGACUGCAAAGGAACACUCCAUCGGAUCAGUGAUCGACCUCGGUGCAGGACAGGGGUAUCUCAGUCGAGUCUUGGCUUUCCAACAUCAGCUCUGUGUUCUGGGUGUCGAUUCCAACACGAUUCAGACAUGUGGUGCUCAGACGACUCAGAAGCGGACUGAGAAGCUGUUUGUCAACAAGUCGAAACUCAAGAAUUCCAGUGGGAAAGGCAGGAAUAGUCGACCGACGACGAAGCAGCAAAACCGUCGGUCGGCAACGACGGAUGCUGCCGCUUCUGCUACAGCCGCAGGAAUGCCAGCUGAAACUGAGACAGGAACAGAGGCAGUUGCGGGAAUUGAACCCGCAGCACCGGCGCAAACCACAACAGCAACAGCAGCAACAGAAACAACAGCAUCAGCAGUAACACCUACUCUGGACGCUUCAACAGCAACAACUGAGGUAUGUCCAAAGUCGAGGACGGCGGGCAUGAGGUCAAGGAGCAGCAGCCCGACAGGAUCCAGCGGGAGCACAGGCCUUUGCAAGAGAUCUAGCAGGACCAAGAAACCCAAGGUCAAGAAGGACAAGACGGCGACAGCCGAGAUUAUUAUACCCAGCUCAGGACUCACAGGAUGCGGUUCGCCAGCUACAACGACAAGUGCCAUGAACAGAGCACCAGACUGCAAUAGGGACGGUGCCGCUAAACCUACGACUACUGCCGCAAACGACCCCAGCCUUGCGGCGACGCCCGGGAGCAACUUCCAAUUGCAACAUAUCACCCACCACAUCACCGCCGCCACUUUGCCCACACUCCUCAAGGAGCAUUUCCCACGGAAACCAAAACCACAACCACACCAGGAUGCGACUGCGGCCGAACACAUCAAUGGCGGCGAGGCGGCUGUUCAAGAGUGUCCGGACGAGGAUGUCGAGGGUCGGUGGACGCUAUGCGGUCUCCAUGCAUGCGGCGAUCUGACCAGCAAUAUGAUCAAGCUGUACCUCGAGAGCUCAGCGACCUGUCUGUUCAGCGUUGGGUGUUGUUAUCAUUGGAUCACAGAGCGGUAUGAUAAAGCUGGCAACAUUGCCAUCUCUGACGGAUCGCAUGGAUUCCCGUUGAGUGCAGCUUUUAACCAUCACAAGUGCCAUCUGGGCGAACACGCCAAAAUGAUUGCUUGCCAGUCACCCGAACGGUGGCUCGAGUACCAGAAGGAAACCGAGGACGCCAUUCACGGUCAUUAUUUCCGUGCUCUCCUCCAUAAAUUAAUGGUUGAAAGAGGACUGUAUCCAGGACCACCAGCGAUCGCACCAGUGCUGGGCAGGAUGGGAAAACAUCGCCUGAAGGGGUUCCCACACUACCUCACCACUGCCGUCAACCGCCUACGUCUCCCCGCCGAUAAAAUCACCCCCGAAGAUGCCCAAGCGGCCUAUGACCAGUUCUUGGACCGCGACCUUUAUAGGAUUGGUAUCCUUUGGGCUCUCAGGACCAUGUUGGGUCCAUUGUUUGAGGGAAUGAUUUUGCUUGAUAGAGCAACGUUCUUGUAUGAGAAUAUUAUUGAUGAUGGUGUGGAGGGUGGGGAUAUGAAGAAGGCAGCAGUGGGAGGAGGAGGGAAGAAGGCGUCGGUACAGUUGAUUGCUGGAUUUGAUGUUGUCGAGAGUCCAAGGAAUAUGAUCCUUGUCGCCUUGAAGGAUUGA